AUGUCAUCUCGACCUUCCCUGACCUACCAAAGAGCAUCAUCCCGACGCCAUACAGACCACGCCGUCAAACUGUUGGUCGGGCCUCGUGGCCGAACGAGUUCAUACGGUCUUAGCGCCCUCAGAACAGACGCUCUGCCAGCCGACCAAGCUACAGAAGAGGCCGGCAUUUGUCGCCAAGAGGCACGGCGAUGGCAACACGACUAUCGA